AUGUCUGAUUUCCAACCACUUAUCGUCAUCGACGGAAAGGGCCACUUGUUGGGUCGUUUGGCCUCCAUUGUUGCCAAGCAAUUGUUGAACGGUCAAAACAUCACCGUGGUCAGAUGUGAGGCUCUCAACAUCUCCGGUGAGUUCUUCAGAAACAAGUUGAAGUUCCACGACUACUUGAGAAAGGCCACCAGAUACAACAGAACCAAGGGUCCUUUCCACUUCAGAGCUCCAUCCAGAGUGUUGUACAAAGCCAUCAGAGGUAUGAUUCCUCACAAGACCGCCAGAGGUAAGGCUGCUUUGGAGAGAUUGAAGGUUUUCGAGGGUGUCCCAUCGCCAUACGACAAGAAGAAGAGAGUUGUUGUUCCACAAGCCUUGCGUGUGUUGAGAUUGAAGCCCGGCAGAAAGUACACCACUGUCGGUAAGUUGUCUGCUGCUGUUGGUUGGAAGUAUGAGAACAUUGUUGACAAGUUGGAGGAGAAGAGAAAGGUGAGAUCCGCUGAGUACUACGCCAAGAAGGCUGCUGCUGCCAAGAAGUUGGCUGCUGCUACUGCGCAGAACGCUGAGUCCGACGUUGCUAAGAAGUUGGCUGAGUUUGGUUACUAA